AGGAGGAGCCGUUGUGGCGCCAGCAGUUGAGCAACCACCACCCAGCCCCGGUUGCACCCACAGCACCAGCACCAGCACCAGCACCAGGCUUCAGGGUAGUGGCCAGCAUGGCUCCGUCCCAGUUAAGGAGGGUCUUCGUGGUGGGAGUCGGCAUGACCAAGUUUGAAAAGCCCGGAACCCGUGACAAUUUUGAUUAUCCUGAUAUGGCUAAAGAAGCAGGUCAAAAGGCUCUUGCUGAUGCAGGCAUUCCCUAUUCUGCUGUGGAACAAGCAUGUGUGGGCUAUGUUAAUGGUGAUUCAACCUGUGGUCAGAGAGCUAUUUAUCAUAGUUUGGGGCUAACAGGUAUUCCUAUCAUAAAUGUUAAUAACAACUGCUCAACUGGAUCUACUGCAUUAUUCAUGGCUAGACAAAUAAUCCAGGGAGGCUUGGCUGACUGUGUCCUGGCUCUUGGUUUUGAGAAGAUGGCGAAAGGACCCCUUUCAGGAGUAGUAUUCACUGACAGGGUGAGUCCAAUUGACAAGCAUCUGGAAUUGAUGGUAAACAAGUUCGGCUUAGCGACAGCACCCAUUACUCCACAGAUGUUUGGAAAUGCUGGCAAAGAACAUAUGGAGAAAUAUGGCACAAAACCAGAACACUUUGCAAAAAUUGCAUGGAAGAAUCAUAAGCAUUCAGUUAAUAACCCAAAUUCUCAGUUUCAAAAAGAGUACAAUUUAGAUGAAGUCCUACAGUCACGCAAGGUUUAUGAUUUCUUGACAAUCUUACAGUGCUGUCCAACGUCUGAUGGUGCAGCAGCUGCAGUACUGGCUAGUGAAGAGUUUGUGAGGAAGAACAGCUUGGAGCCGAGAGCUGUUGAAAUUGUUGCCCAAGAAAUGAUGACUGAUCUUCCAAGCACGUUUGAAGAGAACAGUGUCAUAAAAAUGGUUGGCUAUGAUAUGUCUAAGGAGGCUGCAAAAAGAUGUUUUUCCAAAGCUGGGCUGAAACCUGAAGAUGUGGACGUGAUUGAACUGCAUGACUGUUUCUCUGCUAAUGAAUUACUUACUUAUGAAGCUUUGGGACUUUGCCCUGAAGGAAGAGCUGGUGAGCUGGUUGACAGAGGAGACAAUACGUAUGGUGGGAAAUGGGUCAUAAAUCCAAGUGGUGGCUUGAUUUCAAAAGGACACCCACUAGGUGCCACAGGUCUCGCUCAGUGUGCUGAACUCUGCUGGCAGCUAAGAGGAGAAGCUGGAAAGAGACAGGUUCCUGGUGCAAAGGUUGCUUUGCAGCAUAACUUGGGCGUUGGUGGUGCUGUAGUAAUCUCGCUCUACAAAAUGGGCUUUCCUGAAGCUGCAAGGAACUACCAAAUUCAAGCUGUUCCCACCAAGGCAGAUCUGGAUGGGUUUAAGGCAGAUCUUGUCUUCAAAGAAAUUGAAAAGAAACUUCAGGAGGAAGGAGAACAAUAUGUCAAGAAAAUUGGUGGAAUUUUUGCUUUCAAAGUAAAGGAUGGCCCUGGGGGUAAAGAAGCAACUUGGGUGGUUGAUGUGAAAAAUGGUAAAGGCUGCGUGGAUUUUAAUUCAGAUAAGAAAGCAGACUGUACCAUUACCAUGGCUGACUCUGAUUUGCUGGCUUUGAUGACUGGCAAGAUGAACCCACAAACAGCUUUCUUUCAAGGCAAAUUGAAGGUUGCUGGGAACAUGGGCUUGGCUAUGAAGCUACAGAACCUACAGCUUCAGCCAGGCAAAGCAAAACUUUGAACCACUUUCAAUUCAAGAUGCAAUCAGGACUUGAAAAUCAAGUUUCUUAAAAACUAGGCUGGGACUAGAUGUUGGAAGUAGCAUGGUACAGGUCUUCUGAAUACAUGUGAUCAACUCUAGCUUUCCAGAAGUCUCUGUUUAAUGGAGAUUUCAGCAUUGCCUUCCAUAAAUCAGUCUAGACUAUUGCAAAGUUGAUAAAAUAUUAGUUGUUGGGAUAACCUAUGACUGUUUAUAAUGGUUAAGAGCAGCACGAUAUUUUACAAACCCUGAUUUUAGUCCAUCUGAAAUUUACUUUAAAAAUACUAAAAGAAGAAUUUGCUCUCCUAUCAUUCUUGUGAAAUUUUAAAAUUAGAAAGUCAAUGGUAAAAACCAAUAUUACUCUUUCAACAAACAUUCUUCUGUAAUUUCAUUUUUAUUUUAGCUUAUCUUUCAUAGUGAGUUUAAAAAAGAAUCCUCUCUUUAUUUUAGGUAGCCCAAAAGGCUUGGGCAUACCUAGUGAUUAUUCCCCUUGGUUUCAAAUAUCAUUUGAUGGGAGUGGGAUACUGCAAAUCCAAAUCUCCCCUAGGAGAGCAGGACUAGUGUCUUUCCUUGGAUCCUAGCCCUUGUCUAACAGAAUUUUCUUCUUCCUAAGUUAACAUAUUAGACCAUCUUUAAGCAUACAGGAGAUCAAAUUGUUCCCAUUAAUAAACAAUAUAGGAUUAAUUAAUUGUAACAUUAGCUGUGCUUUACCCUCUGAACAUAUUGAAUGCAGAGACUAACACUUUUUAAAUGAUGAAUUUAAUUAUGAUAUACAUAGCUCUGGAAACUGGUGAUUCUUUAAUAAAUUAAUAUGCUAAUUUUUAAAUUCUAUUUGUUCGGAGGUAACAUUCAGAUUUUAAAGUUUCAUAGUAAACUUAAACUGGUUCUUCA